AUGACCAUCGAGUUGGCGCCGUUUCCAUCAACCAAGGACUCGGUGGCAAAGAGGUACUCAAGAGCCCCAAAGUCCGUUGCUGAACUUGACACUCCACGUUACUGUUCAACUCCGCGUCGCGCAUAUAUGAUCAUACAGUUGGGCACGAUCACCACCUUGUCCGCGCACCCGGACACGCUCCUCCUCGUGAUCACGCUGGAUCGCAUCUCCACCAUCGUGAUCACCCCCGAGAACAUGUUCGCUAUCGUGUACAGCACCAUGUGGAUGCACAUGUACUUGUCGAUGUUCCGGCAGACGGUGUGGUGCCCGAGCUUGACCGCAAUCCCGUUCCUGCUGAUGUCCACGUCACUCUCGGUGUACGUGAACCAGUGUGUGUCCGCAACCAGCCUCAUCUUCAUGUCCAUGAUCACCUCGGGGUUGCAUAUCAAGUUCACGUACGAGUACCGCGCCUUCUCCUUAUCCACGGCCCUGAAGAUGGACGGAAACACGUCGCCCGCAAUGCUGAUGACGGGGUACUCGGACGUGUUGUCGCCGCCCCUCGAGAUGGUUGCGCGCCCGAUCAACCUCGCGAUUACCCAACACGAUCCUGGACUCGGGCAUGACGAUGGCAUCGAAGGCGUCCUUGUACACGCGGUGGUACACGCAUCUGAGGCCGUCACAGAACGUGCUGGUGUGAAAAUCCCCCCGGCGCCUCUCUUCGAUGCAGAAAGCGCGUCGGCGCUGGACGUGCAGACGUCGACUGCGCCCGUCCACAACGCCACCACCGUGGGCCAAUACCAAAUCUACCAGACGGUGUACCGGACCAACUGCACCAUCCUGGCCGUCGCGCCAUCCUACCGCUCUACUGAGUCCUGCCUAAACCGCGCCGCGUUGUACUGGGUGCGUCGGGCCGCGCACGAGCGCAUCGACGCGGGCUCCAAGCUCGACAAGGCCGGGUCGUCCGCUGCUAUGCGAUUUCUGAGAAUUCUCUCAUUCUUUCUCUGUUCCUUCUCCUCCGCGGUCUUCCCCCACCAGGCCGUUCCACAAGAAUGGAAUCUGGGCUGCGCAGAAAAUCACUGGAAAAACGAAGACUGGGACAAGAAGCAAGAGGAUGCCGAUAAGCUCAAGCACGGCCAUUGGAUACGGAGCAGAAGGGAGAGACUGGCACGCCGCGGACUGAGAACGAAAUACGACGGCUACUGGCUGCUCGGCAGGAAGAUCAGCCUGUCGCCCUUUGAGGUGGCUGAGGCGCUGCACUACUCGGCCGUGGUCGACGAGCGAACCGGCACCAGAGUGCCCUACAGUGUCCUCGACGUCGACGACGGGGAGAGGCCUGACCAGGUACCGCAGUCCGGCUUGAACCUCUCCGCCGACGAACCAGUCAAGGUCCCGGGUUCCUACAAAGUGUGCUACGGCGAGAUCGCGCCUAAUAUCCUCGGAUUGGCCCUGGUCGAGUAUACCGACACAGCCAAUGCGGGAAGACUCUACGAUCGAUUUUCAGAGUUGGAUAUGGUGUGCACAGUUCGCUCAUGUCGAAUUCCUCUACAACACAAAGUUCACGAGGCUGUCUGUCGGCUGUCGUGUAUCCUUGCCAGGGUUGGGCUACAGGAGAAGGAAAAGGGCAUUCGUGGAAACGGCCUGCGUGCUUGA